GAGUGAGUGAAUUGCCAGGCCACUCAAUAAUCCCUCCCCUAUUCACAAACAAAAAACCUAUAGAGCACUAGCUAGUUGCUAUACAUAUAUAUAUAUAUUCUAAUGGAGAAAGCUGGUGGUAGUGGUAGCGGUGGCGGCGGCGCCGGCGGUGUUGCGGCGGCGUCGUCAGCCUCCUGCAACUCGAAUUCUUCCGCCGGUCAGUCUCAGUUUGGAGCAUUUUUUGGCCCCCCAACUCCCUCUAACUCUCAACUUCUACUCCUACUACAGGGCCGUGGGAAGCAGACUGCAGGAAACCACCCUCCCAAUCCCACACUCGCAACUCCUAAAGAUUACAAGGUAGCCCAAAUGGAAGAGAGGAAGAAUUCGAAUAAUUUCAAUAAUUAUGGUGAUGGGAAUGGGAAGACGAUUGAGCCCUGCUAUUUCAACUCAUCAAUCUACUAUGGUGCCCAAGAAGUUUAUUUUCCUACAAAUCACCCUACCAAUAAUAUUAAUAAUAGUUUGAACAAGGAAGGAGAAGAUCAAAGCGAAAGCCAUUCGACCUGUGCUUCCAGAGGAAAUUGGUGGCAAGGGUCCCUCUAUUACUAGCUAGCCCUGAGAGGAUCAUGACCAGGACAAAUACAUGGGAAUAUAUAUAUAUAUAUAUAUAUACCUACUUUAUUAUGGUCUAGGUGAGAUGUUGUGACUAUACUACAAUAUUUUAAAUGUAUUGUGAUUAUACAUUGUUUGAAAUACUUUAAAACUAUAUUUUGAACUA